CGGGUUGAUACAUUAUUUCUACCAUUAAAACAAUAAUUAUUGUCAAUUAUCGUCAUUGCUUGCGUAACUUUAAAACUAUUAACAGACCGAAGCUCAAAACUUGCAAAUUUAAUUAAAAAUAAUUUGUGUUUUUUUAACUUUGUGGACACUGGAACUACCUGUCACGUUUAUAACCUCAAAAAAUGGCUGUCGAAGAAUCAGAAAAAAUGAAGAAAAAGAAGCAUAAAAAAAAGUCAAAUGUGAUUUGUUUUGAUGAAGAAGUGGUCCCGAAACACGUUGCUGAAGAAUUACUAACAAAUGAAAUAAAAAAUUCUGAAAUUGAGAAGAAGUCCAAGAAGCGGAAAAAGGAAGCAAAUCAAAGUAAUGAAGAACCUGAAACAAAGAAGAAAAAAGAAGAAGAAUCACCGAAAAAGACGGAAUCAAUAAGGGAGAGAAAGCGUAAAAAACACGCUAAACUUGUUGAAGAAAAGAAGAUUAAAGCCGAAUUGGCGUUGCAAGAAAAAGCUUUGAAUUAUUUAUCCAAAUGGAAACAUGACCGUGAAGAAUGGAAAUUUGAAAAGUUGAGACAAAUUUGGUUACAACACAACAUGUAUGACGAGUCAAAAGUACCACAAGAAUUUUGGGAAACUCUAGUUGAGUAUUUUUCAAAUUCGAAAGGGAAAUCAAGAGAUGUAAUGCUGAAAGAAGCCCUGAAAAUAAUCGAGGGGGAAGAUGACGAAAAUAAAAACACGUGUAAAAUGGAAAGGGCGAGGGACAUUAUUCAAAAUCUGCAAGAAUAAUUCAUUUUUUUUUUUUAAAAACUGAAAAAUAAAGUUUUUUCAUGGA